CUGUGUUCUCCUUUGUCAAGGUCUUGCCUCUCAUCUGACAUAGUUAUAUUUUCUCUGAUCCUGAUUUUCCAUAUGUAUAAUAAGCUGUAGUAUUUGUUUCGGAGUACUGAUCCCCUUCCAAAGUGAUUUUAGAGGUAAUCACCCGAUUAUCUUUAGAAUCGGUAUCCAGCAGCGAACAACCUCUUCUCCGCCUCACCAAUCCACACCUCUUCCCCGGCCCCUGACUCCACCCCCUACACCUCCCUGUUCCCCGCCCUUCACGCCCCUCGGCUCCGCCCCUUCCCCAUCCGUCGCUUUGCUUUGCAGCGCGGGCAUCGCCUCUUCUCGCGGGGGCAGUGCCCUGGCGGAAGGAGGCGGUGUCAGGGGCGUUGCUAGGCUACAGAAGGCAACAGAGAAUCCUGAUAAUACGGACGUUGCUUCCUAGGAGCCUGAGAAACCGCUUCGAGGGGAGUAGCUACGUUUAUUAGUCAGGAAAAUGUCUGAUCAGGAUGAAAAGUCUGAUGCUCGGAGUACAGUUGAUGUAUUAGAAGAAAGUGAUGAUGCCUAUGAGAUUGUUAGUAUUCCAGUUCCCUCAGAAGAACUUCAAGAGUCAGAUCAAACUGAAGAGCAGCGUGACUCUGAGCUGGAACCAUCCGGCAGGGACCAUGAAGCACAUGUUGAAGAGCAGAGUGGACAGAGUGACCAGAGCCUUGUAAGCUUGGAUGAUGAAGAACAAUUCAUGGAAGAGGCAAUGUCACCCAGACAAGUUUCAUCUACUCCAGCAAGUUACAAAAAGCAGUAUUCAACAAUAUCUGACAAUAAAAUAAAGCUACCCAUACGUCAUCCAAAUGAUGAUAUGAUGCCUUUUCUGGAUAAAAUAAAAGCUAUAAAGGAGUCUUUAAAAAUGUCAAUGAAAGAUUCUUUAGCAACAGUAAAAGUUGUACUUCUUCCUGUGUCUCAGGAAAUUGUAAUGCCUUUUAAAGUUGACACUGUGUUUAAAAACCUCAAGGAUCAUUUUUCACAUUUAUUAAAUGUCCCAUCUGAUGUACUGCAGAUAAAAUGUGCAGGAAUAAUUCUUAAAAAUAAUGAGACUCUAUUACAACAUGGAGUUAAGCCACAAGAAACUGUACAAGUGGAAAUCUUUUCUAUAAAUCCAGAGCAAUAUCCAAUCAAAAGAAUAGAAGAACUACAUAAUAGCUCUCAAAUUAUGACUGUCAGAGUACAAACUGGUAUUGAUCGGUACCAAGAUGUGUCUGUUCAAGUUGUAAAAUCUGACUUUCACAAACCAUUUCUUGGUGGAUUCAGACAUAAAAUAACAGGAAUAGAAUACCACAAUGCUGGAACACAAACUGUACCUAAAAAGGUUCCUGAAAAACAAGAUAUAUUUUGUAGGGAUACCCAGACAGUUUAUCAGAGAAAAAAGUUGCAACAAACUACAAAUACAACAUCUACACAGAUGACUAAAAUUGGUGUGUAUGUAUCAAAUAUGACUGAUAAACUGGUCAUACCAGGAAGAUACUUUUCAGAAGCAGAGUACCAUUCUAAAAGAUUGGAGGCAGCAUUAGUGAUUCAGACUUACUACAGGCAAUGGCAUGCUAAAGUCGUGGUUGAGAAUUUAAGAAGACAAAAAAGGUUGAGGUUGGAGUGGGAAUUACAAGAAGAACUAAGGAAGAUAAGAGAAAAAGAAGAAUGGAUGAAAUUGGACUAUUACCGGAGGCAUAAUCCUAAAACAAAAGAAGAUUUUGAACUUCUUUAUAAUGCAUUAGAAUUAUGGUGGCAAGAAGAACUUACACGAAUUAACCAAUCUUUCACUGGAGCUGAAAGGAAAGCUGCUUUGUGUGAACUUCUAGAAAAAGAGACCCAGAUAAUUGCUUCCAUUGGGAGACAUAGAUACAUUGCUGAUGUCACGAAUCAGGAAGCAUCAAUACAAGCAUUUUUGGAUAAGUGUUCAGCUCCAAAGACAUGGAGUACAUUUGAUGGCAAAAUAACUGAGAUGGAUACACAGUUUACCAUCAGAGCCAGAGAGCUGCAAAACAUCUAUCAGUGCAUUAUGCUGAAAAAUAUCUCUCAAGAUGAGAGGCUGGAUGUACUCUUAACACUUAAACACACUGUGAAGGAACAUGAAUGUAAAUUGACUCAGGAAAUUCUAGAAUUGAUUGACAGAGAAGUUGACCUUAUGAUGAGAGGAGUCAAACAUCACAACCUUGAAGGACUCAGAAAAAGAAUUUCAACACUCUUUUUUCAUUAUAUCAAAACACCUUUGUUUAAUCCUGAAGUUGCAAGACACCUUAAGGUCCCUCAAGACCCAUUGAAGUUUUAUAAGAAGAUUUACUUUUGUCACAGUUGCCAGCUCUAUUUGCCUUCUACGGAGUUUUCUGUACCAUCCACCUCACACUGCAUAUACCGCUGUCGUCACUGCGUUAGCCUUGAUAAUGAGGCUCGACAACGGGAAUCAUUUUUAAAGUACAAAUGUUUACUCCAACGGCUAUACUUUUCAGAAGUUGAGUAUGAAGAUGAUUCUAAAAUUGCUUUUCUGAUGCAGUUACAAGAUAUUCAGUACCUGACGGAGAACAUCUGGGCAUCCCAGUCAGUCCUUAGUGCCUGGGAUGAUAUCAAUGAUUUGGUCAUGGUCAGAUGGAAUAAGUCCUUGGAGUGGUCCCCCUGGAACUGCGUUCUUCUUACCAAAGAUGAAGGGGUUGCUCAUCUCAAACUAACAAAUAUUGAAGAGGCUUAUGAACCCUUGUUUAUUCACAAGAUCAAACACAAACAUAUCCUGGCUAAGAACUAUUUUUCUCAGAUUACAGUGUUUGCCUCAUUUCUACUUGAUGACUCUGAAAUAGAUGAGAUCAAAAAGAAGUAUCAGACAGACACGUCACCUAAGAUUAUAGAAUGCCGGAGGCCGUGUUCUUAGAAGGCCCAGCAGAUAUUUGUUUGAUAAUUAGCAUUUUUGUCCAUUGCUAAUAAAGUAAUACAA